AUGGUCUUCCUGCGGCUGUCGCGAGUGCCAGCCCUGGCAAUAGGGCUCACCCUCGCCAGCCCCACAUUUUCGGACUCUGGUAGCGAGGCCGAGACCGGUACGGCUAUGCAGUGGUGUUACGUGGAGCGCAGCUCUUCCUACUCGGUGCCGUAUGACGUGUUGUGGUCGCACUGGGCGACGAUAGUCACACCACCACCAGGCCGCCUAACGGGUUCGAAGCUCGCGUCGGUUCCCUAUUUUGCCGAGGCCCACCAUGACGAGGACCUCAUCACUUGGAGUCGUCUUCAGCACUACGCAGAGAGGGCGACGGCUGUUUUGUUUGGUGAGCAGCCGGCCAACUCUACGACACCCGAGUCCAGACGUCUGUGUGCCCUUCUCGCGGUGCUCAACGAUGCGCGUGCAUGGGCGACACGACACCCCACCACCAACCCACUCCCAGUUCUACUCUCCGACGAGACAAGUGUGCCACAGCGGCUGCUCUUUCAAUGGUUCAUGUUUCUUGGGAUCCAAAAUGCAUCGUCAUCGCAGUGUCGACCCUCGAUAGAGCUGUCGACUGAAAUCCAUGCCAUCGCAUUCGCGCCUGGCUGGUGGGCGGAGCUACGUACGUGCAACUCGCUUUGCUCUCUCGGACAAUGGUUGGACCUCGUCUCGCAGUGGCUGACUGUUCGCGCUCUGGAGGCUGCGUUGGACUUGUUGCCGUCCACGUUGCAAUGGAGGACAGGAAGUGCGUCAGCGGUGGAAACACACCUGUUGUUCCGCGCUGAUGCUGAUUCGAGCUGGUGCUGCUCUGCUGACCUGUGUUCCAGAGCUGAGGGUACCGCUUGUCCGACAGGAAAGGAGGGCGGUUUCGCACAUCUUCGACUGUCUCGCUGGAUGCGCUACCGAGCCACAGCAUCGAGACCAGCUGCAGCACCGCUCUCUCUGCCCUUCAUGGAAGCCGCGCUGCCAGAGAUCUCCAAGGCAGAGGCGGUGCUUGUGUGGGUGCUUGAGCGAUUAAUGUGUGCCGUGGUCGGUUCAGCUGAUGGCUCGCGCAAGCUGCCCUGUGGCUCCGCCACCGCGCACGCUCUGCUUCUUGAGCCCGAGGCGCAUGGGGUCGUGACGUGUCGGCUACACCUCAGUUCGCCUCCACACAAGUGGCAGUGUAAUGGCUCGUCGGCACCUCGUGUUGGCGCGCCGUCUCACUCCCUAUUCCCUUGGUCGAGCUCAGCACCGCCGCUGGGGCGCGCGGCACAAGCGCCAGUUGUCGCUGCCCUCCUUUCCUGGUACGCAGUCGACUUUGAAGUCGUCUUCGGUCGUCUGUAUCGCGUGUGGCGACUCGCCCAACGCCACCACUUUCGCUGCCUCACCGGCUCGCGGAACGAUAGUGGGGCGGCGGAUGCAGCGGCCCCACACCAUAAUGACCCAUGGAGGGGGGUGGUGGAGACCGCCAUGCGGUGCUGCAGUGGCGACGCUGGCGGCAGUGCUCAAGGGCACGAAGGCCCUGCACUGGGCUUGCUUGGUCGCUGCCUCCUCUUGGCGAUGUGGAUGUCGCUGUCUGUCGUGGAUGUCGACGAAGGCGUCGGUGUCGCCUCCCUCUCACCACCAUUGGCGCGGAAAGGGACGCUCUACUACUCCAGUCGACGAAACGUUCUGCAUGUGCGGGACUGGGGUACGGCCCUGCAUCUACGCUACGUAGCCUCAUGCUUGUCUAUUGACGAAGGCCAGGUCAUUUAUGACGACACCGAACAUGCUGGAGCUCUGCAGAAUGGGGCUCGAAGGCGGAGGGUAUACUGCAGGACUGCGGUAAAGCAGACAGUGUCGAUCGUCGUGAGCGCUUUUGCUCGUGCCCGCACCGCCGCCGUUGCCACCCAGGCUCGCGCUCGACUCCAAGCGCAGUCGAACACUCGUCUGUCUUGCUGUGAGACGCACGACUCUCCCGGGCACACCACAACAGCCUCCCGUGGCGCUUGUGACAGUGCCGGCAGCGGUACUUGCCGGAUUUUAGAUAUCUGGGACGACGAUGGUGCGGCCGCGGAGGAGGGUGCCGAAUGCGUCCUUCUGAGCUGGAGCUGCGCCGCUGCGGAGGAGGCGAGUGAGUCGCACGAGGGCAGCCCAGGAGUGACGCUUGUACAACACCAGCAGUCGAAGCAACGAACAGGUGAUGAUGCCCCUUUGGCGUCCAACGAUCUGCUCUGCAGCCCCUCGCUACAAAGCUCGUGGAUGGACUACAGCAUCGAAGAAUUCGCAGACGAAAAUGAGUCCACGAUCAGCCAGUCGCCCGCAUCACACGCGCCAGCACCACAAACCAAGGAAGAUCAAGAGCAGAGUGCUCUUGAUCCUGCCGUGGUGGUGCCUCUCCUCGACCUCGAGUCCCAUCUUCGCGAACUACUGACACGUAGCGCCGUGUCGGAACUGCUGCGGCUGGUGGGCCUCGCCAAAAGACUCGCACGGCACUCCUGUGAAGAUGGCGAGGCGGCUGCUCAGCCGCGUCUCGUUAGCCACGCGCGGCCACAUAGCGUGAGGAUGGAGGCACAGCAACGGUCCUGGAGCUCUAGCGCGCUUCACGUCGAAACAGUGCAGCUUCACGAGGAUGAGCAGCCGCCACAACACGCUGCUCCCGCUUACGUGGACGUCCCCUUGCCGACGCCGCCAGCUCUGGCUUCUACAGCCUCGUCAAGAGCAGCGCAUCUUCGGGAGGACGAAGCCUCAGUUCGACGCACUCUCUGUGGAGCUGAGCACCGCAUGCGGCAGUGGUUGCAUGCUCGUUGCACGCACAUGGGCGCCCUGCUCCUGCUGCAGAGCCAAGAAACACAUCGGCGUCUGCACCUGAGCCAACUGUGGGCGCUGGAACAGGAAGAGUGGCAGAUGCGGUGGCGUACAGUGCUAGUCCCCGAGUGCGUGCUACGCAGUCUUCUCAGCGAGAAGGCGGCCGCAGGUGUGUGGCAAACGUUGCCCCAGCAAGAGGAACCGCAACAGUGGCAGCAGUGCCGUUGUCAACCCCAAAACAGACGUCUCAGUUACUCCCCUCAACGGCAUCAGAGGGAUCAGCGCUGCAGUGUGGCAGCACCCAAGAUCGGCACUCCUCCUGCUGCACCGACUGCAGAAGAGGCGCGGGCCCAUCAAGUGUUUUUGCUCUAUGGAGAUGUGGAAGCGAUCGACAGGGAGGCGCCAGACCGUAGCUUGAAAAGAAGCCCACCGACAAGAACCGAGGCUUCCCACGGCUCUCCAUCUUGCCAGAGGAAUCAGCAGGAGUCGCAGUUCCGACUGUCAGCGCCGCUCCGCUCACCAUCGCUGGCGAUGUGGCCGCGUCAUGUGCCUCGGCAAAGGCAUUCCAUCAAGUCUGGGGCAAGUAGGCCUGCCUCCUCGUGCGCGACCGCUGGUGCUGCCCAUUCAGCGGUCCCUGUCUUAUCUGUGUCGCUGUGCGAAGCGCCAUCUUUGACACCAGCGCGGGCAUCAACGGGUCGGUGUCUGAACGAGCUCCCUCUCAAUCACCGUAGAACGGAUGCCAGGUUAGCCUGUAUCACGCCACCAAGCACUGCGAUGGGGUGGGGCCUACUGACCGGGAACGGCGACGCGCUCGUCAAUCGUGAAUCUUCGAGCAGGAAAUCGAGACCCCAGAGACACGGAGGCGCCCACUGCGACGAUGCAGCGCGCCGACGACUAUCGGCAGGAGGGAGCGCGUCGGUCGCUUUUGCAGAGACGAUUUGCACUGCCGCUGCAUUGGAGUCCAAGCGGGCGGACCGCGGGAGCAGAAGUACUCCUCUUGGCGCCGUGCCUCCUGCCUUCCAUACAGCAAAGGAGAAGGUGGCGCCUGACGCUGACCACCGCAUCUCUGCCGCUCCACCAGUGCCUAGGCAUACCGCAAUCCAUUCGCUCAGCGCAGCUUCAGUACCGCCGCGUCGCCUUCGCAAGCCUGUGGUAACGUGGUUAGAGGAUCUCCAGCAGCACUGA